UGGUCGAUCUCUCGGUUUUAUCUUCCCGCUCGCGUACGGAUCCUCCAUGGAAUCGGCGCACACUGGAUCGGAGAGGGCCGGCGGCUCGAUGAGUUCACCGGAGCCAAGAAUGGAGGUCGAGCAAAAACCUGUUCUUGUUGGUAACACUAACGAGCAGGCCAUUCCUAGAAAGGAUGAGCAAGCUGUUAAACCCACCAUUUCACUCGAUUCAAGUGUUAUCAAUCUACCAAGUGAUGUACAAGGCCAAGCUGGAACAUCCAACAUAGGUGGGGAACAUAAUGCUGCAUAUCCACAACACUUGUAUUCCCCUCAGGCACAGCCAUUCUAUUACCAAGGUCCAGGAUAUGAGAACCCUCCAAAUGAAUGGGAUGUAUAUCCUCCCUAUGCGAGUGCUGAAGGAUUGGAAGUGGGUCCAGCAGUUGUAUACAACGAGGACCCUUCAAUGAUGUACCAUGGUGGCUAUGGCUAUGAUCCUUAUGCUCCUUAUUCUCCUAUCUCGACACCGGUACCGGCUGGUGUUAGUCGAGAUGGUCAGCUCUACUCCCCUCAGCAGUUCUCCUUCUCGGCUCCUUACUACCAGCAACCAGUACAACCUGGCAUGCCAUAUUUAAGCUCUCCUACUCCAAUAUCACAGGGUGAGACAAUGAUGCCAAUUGACCCAACACAAGGAGCCUUUAUCGCUGCCACUCUGAGUCCAAACAGCUUCCUUUUUGGUCCAAGACCAGAAUGGUUUAGUAGUGAGCCUGUAAGGCAUGAAUCAACAGGAAAAAUUAUAGAAAGGAAAAUAAUAGCGAGAAGGAGGGUGAGUAGAAAGAAGCAUUUAUACUCUUUAACAUCGAUGUUGAUUCAUAUUAUCAGACCGGUUUGUUUUAUUAGUUGGGUCAGCUGAAUGUUAAGACGGGAGGUGGGAUAGAUAGUCCUUAUUGUACCAUGAAAUUUGAAAAUAACUAAUUCUUUUUGUUGAUGAAGCCGCUGAAAAUAUUGGUUCUCACGUACUUACACCUUUCAGUUAAAUACGAAAUCUUUCGUUAUUGGAACGUUUCAACUGAAUAUAUCAAGGAAAGGAAUUAAUUGACAAGAUGAGAUACAAUAUAUUAGUACAUUGCCAAUGUUUUUUAAUACUUGAUGUAUGCUAAAAAAAUGGUUUGUCUUUUAAUAGUACCCCUCUGGCCCAAAUUAAUUAGUUGACACACAUGGUACUAGAAUCAAAACUCGACAUAGUAAUGGGCUGCGACAAUUAAUCGGCCUGAAAUUAAUUUCUUGCCUUGAUACAUGAUACAUGAAGAACCACAUCCUCGAUUUCCUGUUCCAGGUCCACAACUACUGCCUUCCCCAAGAAGGCCAUCUUUGAGGCCACAUCAGCAAGGUCACCGUCUACAAAGGACUCAUUUUUUGCCUCACAAUUUCAUUUCUACAGGCUUAGUAUGGGAGGAACCUGCGGUUAUGAUGUAUAAUAAUUCUGGUAUGCGAGUAUGAUAAAGACCACUUUUUGUGGCCUGCUCACAUCUGUUCUUUGCUUCUUAGUUAUGAUCUUGGUGUAUUCAAAUUGAAGAAAAUAACACCACUUUAUAUGUACUUAUUGAAUGUCUUGAUGGCACAAAAAACAUGAGAUUGGCUUCUAUGUUAUACACAUUUUUUUCUCUUUUCUAUUAACAAA